CUUCCGAAACGAACUGCGAGCAUCUGGGGGAAAGCGGCCCAUUCCUUCUCCGACGCAACCUACGCAGAUUUCCCCCUCUUCUCUAUCCACAAAUGGAGACAGCACAAAAUGGCAGUCCUUUAAAGAACGACACAUGCCUCGGGUGCUUCCCGUCCUGUGUUCUAAAGAUCAGAAGAUUGAUCAUCGGACUAAAAAGGAAUCGCCACAAGAUCAAGAGGUCGUGAAAGAAAUGCCACAAAUAAAACCCAAGAAGAAUAAUUUGCUGCUUGCUUUGAAGUCUUCUAGAGUGUCAAAGGUUAGCACAGAAAGCGAAGAGGAACCCACAUAUGCUGAGUUGACCACCAGAUCUUCUAGCGCUCCUGGCGAGCUGCCCUCUGUGGAAAAGCAGACCUCAGAUGAUGGAGAGACGAUCGUCGACUCUGACAAUCGCAUUGUUAGCACCUUGGAGAGGGCCAGGAGAAAGUUCUCCCGCCGACACAUCUUGAGUUCCAGCAAAUCUAGGAAUGUGCAUUCGCCUGACUUUGCAACCAACGAGAGAUCAUUCCUUUCGCCGUCCAUGGACAAUGUGGAGCCUGAUCUACCACCACUUCCACCUCCACCUGUUGGUCUCCCACACCUUGCUUGCAUCUCUGCCCGACCAUUCUCCAAAGUCAACAACUCUGCUCGAAAACCUGCGUUUAUGAAGCCAUGUCGCCCAGAUAAAGCUGAGCGUCCUUCUGUCACUGCCGACCUUCCCUCUCAUUCGACUGUUCAAAAAAAUCCACUACCUGACUUGAGGUCACUGGGGCCGAAGCCAUUAAAGCCUCCCAGACCGCCAUUAGACGCUCUCAGACAUUACCAAAAACCUGCAGUUCAUGAGGUGUUAAAAGCUCUCAGCCCGCAGCCAGCUAAUGAAAAGCCAAUCUCCAGUGCUGCGCUGGAGGCUCCUGUUUUCCCAGACUUUGAGAUGGAGCCCACAGAGAGCGAAGCUGUAGAUAUUUCUGCAUUAAACCUAGAGGUUCUAGAUUUGGGAGGCCUCAGCUUUCCACUUCCUGACUGUGGAGUUCCUGAAUCCGAGGCUUUCCAAUGUGACACGUAUACCUCUGCAGGGGCCAAUGAAAGCCCUGUCGUCCAACAGCUCAAACUUUGCGGUCUGAACGGAAGAGCUCCUCAUGCAGCCAGCUUUUCUGAACCGUCAAAUCAGUCCAUCAGUCAUGAGCAAAGUAGCCCAAAUGAGAAUGUGAAGGUUCCUCCUACUCCAACCUCUCAUGCUGAUGAUGAGUCUCACUCUGCCCGGGAUGAAACUGAGCUCACUCUCAAAGCAGCCACGACUUCUGAAGCGAGCUACACGCAUAUAAGUGACCAAAACUUUGAGUCUGACAAUGUAUAUGAAGAUGUGGAAAACAUCAACAAGUUCUUCUUGUGCCAGAACUCACGCAAGCAGAAAGGCAAUCUGAAUCCAUAUGCUGACAACAACCUUCCUGCGAAAGAGGAGGCGGCUCUUCACAUUUGGCCACGGAAUCCAUGGGGCAGCACAUCAGGAGAACAUUCAUCCCAUUAUCACGUCUACAGUAAAGAACGUCAAAGCCCUAGCGUGGCUGACUAUAAGGAACUGAAGAAGAGGGAGAAGCAGCGACUGGACAAGGAAAAAAAGGAGCAAAAAGAAAGAGAGAAGAAGGAGAACGAAAUGAAAAAGAAGUUCAAAGUGACGGGCGACGAAGUGCCCAUGUACCACGCUAAGGUGAUGGUGGCUAGUAAAGUCCGCAAGAAUGACCUACCUGUUAAAAGCGGCGACACGGUCAGCAUUAUUCGUACCACCAACUGCCCGAGGGGAAAAUGGUUGGCACGAGAUGCAAACCACAAAUAUGGGUACAUCUCAGUGAUGAAUGUGGAGCUUAAUAUCAAGGAGAUGUUGGAGGUGGGCAAAAAGGCCCAAGCAGCGGGACGUGGUGUCAACAUGGAUGGGGACACCAUCAGCAUUGGAAGCAGAUCCUCAAGCCACCUUGUAGUCACAAGCAGUUUCACAGACAGCGAGGAAUGGGCCUGUGAAGACGAGAUGCUCUCAGCCUGCCACAUGCCCUAUCAGCCCACCUCCAUUCCAGAAAUGCCAUAUCACCUUGCUAAGAACCAGCACGGAUUGAGUGAUGCCAACUUUCACCACACUCAGAGAAGACAUGAAGCUCUGCAGAAGCUGGCCAUCUUUUUUGAACAUGGCAAAGAUGAAUUUAGUGAUGUUCGUGAUAGUGGAGCUCCAACCCCGACUAAGUAUAAUAUAUCUUAUUUUUUUGUGAAAUUACAAACGUGUGUGUUAUGUUGUUGGCAAUGUGUAUUCUGCAACAUUUUUCUCCCCGUUUUUCUUUCCAUUGUGUCUGUUACUCAAGCUCUGAUCCACCAAACUUCUUGUGUGCCGUAGAAGAGCUUCCUUACCCUGAACAAGAAGUGGACUUCUCAGAAGUGGAACUUCUUCCUCCACCCCCAUUGUAUGCUGACAACGACUGAGUAAAACAUCUGCUAACAUUUGAAACUGUACAUUUAUCAGAGUAUCUGGUGUGACUGCAAACUGAAAGAAAAGCUAUCCCUGGCCAAUUACAAUAAGCAUCCCGAAUGAGCUUUAUAUUCCUUUUUACACUUGCUAAGUGGGUGUGGGUGUUUCACUUUGUUUGAUGAUGCAUACCACAUCUGGUUCACAUUUUUUCUUUGGUGUUAUGUUGUUGCACAAUACAAUUUUACAACAUCCAGCCAAAAUAUUAUUGAAAAAAAAAAAAUCCAAUCCCAUCUACAUAUCCUUUCCAAAUAUAAUAAUGUUAAGUUUUGAUUGAAUCUGUCAGAGAGCUGUUAUCUCACAAUGUGUAUUAUGGUUGUUUGUGGUGGUGUAGAACGGUACUCUGUUUAAUUGAAAGCCGCUUCUAAAAAUUGUUACAUUUAACAAGAAACCUGCACUCCAUUCACUGUAUUUGGAGUAUGUAAGAAAUAAAUGAUCUCUG